AUGUUUAUAAACCUGACAGAGUUUAAUCAGUCUGAUCGCUGCGAGCAUUUCUCCUGUCCAAAGAGAUCUGUAUCUCCUGCAGUUUAUAUUUUACUCUAUGUGUGUUCAGCUGCUGUGGUUCUGCUUACAGUGUGUGGAAAUAUGCUUGUCAUCAUCUCUGUUCUUCACUUUAAGCAGCUUCAUACACCAACAAAUAUGCAUUUGCUCUCUCUGGCUGUUUCAGAUUUCUUUGCUGGCUUCUUUGUAAUGCCGCCAAUGUUUAUCUGGACUAUUGAGUCAUGCUGGAUUUUUGGGAGAGAUUUGUGCACCAUCUACUGGUUAAUUGGAGGUUUUCUCAUUAUAUCAAACUAUACUAUUGCUCAGAUUGCUGUGGAUCGGCAUUUAGCUCUCUCAAACCCCUUUCUGUAUAUGAGCAUUGUCUCUGUUAAAGUCACUCGUGUCCUCAUUGUGUUUGAAUGGUGUGCAGUGGGGGGCUAUACCCUAGCCCUAAUAUAUUUUAAUGGAAAUUUUACAACCUCUUUAUUCUGUCCUGGAGAGUGUUUUUUCUCUCCAAAUGUGGUUUGGACUGUAAUUGAUCUUGUUCUAUCAUUUAUAUUUCCAGUUUCUGUCAUAAUCAUAUUAUACUCUCAAGUUUUUGUGAUUGCUAAAAAACAUGCCACUGCUAUAAGAGAACUUAAAAAAAUACAGAAAAUCUCCUCACACUCGAUGAAAUCUGAGAGAAAAGCAGCUAAAGUCCUCGGCAUUUUAGUGUUUGUGUUUCUGAUGUGUUUGCUUCCAUAUUUCAUUUACAGUUUUUUAAACAAUAUUAUUGAAUUACAGCCAGAAACCUUUCAAAAAGUCUCAAUUUUGUUUUGUCUUAAUUCCACCAUUAAUCCAGUUAUUUAUGCUCUGUUUUAUCCAUGGUUCAGGAAGUGCAUUAAAUUGAUUAUAACUCUGAAAAUAUUUAGGCCAGACUCAGCAAUAAUAAAUGUUCUUUCAUAA